AUGGAGCCACUCGCAACGUCAUCGUCGUCUUCCUCGGCCAAGUCGUCCUUGGCAGCCGAUCUCCGACUCGAUCACAAUCACCGUUCGUCGUCCGAGUCGGUUCGUCCCAAAGUGCUCAUCGCCGGUGCCGGACUGGUCGGUUCGCUGUGCGCGUCGAUGCUCGCCCAAAGAGGCUACGACGUCCUACUCGUCGAAUCGCGUUCGGACCCCCGCGAGACCCAGACUCCUACCUCGGGCGUCCGAGCCCGUUCGAUCAACCUCGCCCUUUCACCGCGAGGAAUCGAAGCGCUCCGUUCGGUCGACCAGGACCUCGCCGAUCGAGUGAUCCAACAAGGUCUCGAGAUGCGUGGUCGUCUGCUGCACAAGCGUUCCGAAGCGAAUCAAAGUCGCGUCAAGAAAGAAGCGCAGGAUUACGGCCUUUAUUCGGAGGGGGAGGUCAUUCGUUCCAUCUCUCGUACGCUCUUGGGCAUCUACCUCCUCGAUCAUAUCGAUUCCCUCCAGCAUCGCAACGACCUCAAAGGCACCGUCGAGGUGCGCUUCGAGACCAAGCUAUUGGAAUUGGAUCUCAGGGCCGAACGAGGCGUCAAGGUCAAGUUGUCCAGUAAACAGAAAGGAGAACAGGAGCUCAAGGUCGAUUGGGUCGUUGGAGGUGAUGGAGCUUAUUCCAGGGUCAGGAGGGAGAUGAUGAGGGGUGCAAAGACGAGGUACGCCCGUGAGAUUUUACACCUCCGCGUCCGAACUGGGACACAGCUCAGGCUCGUGUGGUCACGUGAGCGCACCGCACCCACCCUGACGACACCUCCGAGUUGGGUCCACAGGUUCGAUUUCAAGCAAACCUACGCUCGUCAUGCCUACCUCGAACUGUCCAUCUUGCCCGGCGGUAAGCACAACAAGUGGACGAUGGAGAACAACUACCUCCACAUUUGGCCGAGGGGAGAGUUCAUGAUGAUCGCGUUGCCGAACCAGGUCGGUCCAAAGCGAGCAAAUCUGUUUGGAGCGACAACUCACCGACUCUGCCUUGGGUAUUACAGGACGGCUCCUUUACCUUGACUCUCUUUGCUCCCCAUUCGACCUUCGAGUCGCUCGACAAAGAAUUGGACAAAUACAACUCGUCAUCUUCGUCGGCGAGGAUAGGACCCAACCCCGUCGUCGAAAAGUUUAGGGCCGAGUUCCCCGACGCGCUGGAAUUGAUGGGUGAAGACGAGUUGAUAAAGGCUUGGACCGAGAACCCCAAAGAUGGGUUGGUCACCGUCGAGGUACGUUGCGGUCGGGUUCAGUUGACGUGAGUGUUUAGCUGAGUUUGGCAGCAAUCGUGUCAUAGUGCUCGCCUUAUCAUUACAAGGACAAGGCUUUGCUCAUUGGUGAUGCGGCGCAUGCGAUGGUUCCCUUCUACGGUCAGUCUGGGGUAAAGACAUCAUGCCGUCUAUGAUCACUGACUGACCUUAUCCUGAUGAUGUUCCCUCAGGCCAAGGCAUGAACUGCGCCUUUGAGGAUGUCCGUGUCCUCUCGACCCUGAUCGACCACUACCAAGCCGCCCCCUUCCCCUCGUCCAAGAGCUCCUCUCUCCCCUACUCCUCGAACCGCCCCGACUUUCCCUCAUCGAACCCUACCUUCACCUCCCUCGAGAACGCCCUUUCGGCCUACACCGUCAUCCGGACCCCAUCAAUCGGGGCGAUCCAAACCCUCGCGCAUCGCAACUACACCGAAAUGGCCGCUUCCGUCCUGUCCCCCAUCUACCUCCUUCGCCUCUACAUCGACUCCUUCCUUUCCAAACUGCUCCGUUCAGUCCCCUUGCGUUCGGAAACGAUCUACCACGAAGGAUCCGUUUGGGAAUCCCUUUACCGCAUGACCACGUUCAGGUACGAGAUCAGUUAUGAGGAGGUGUUGAAGAGGAGGGCGUGGCAACAGCGCGUAUUGUCGUGCACUGUUGCGGGCGCGGUAGUGAGUUUCUUAGGGGUCGGUUUGGAAUUGGCGAGGAGGUCCGGGGCUUUGAGCAGUUUGGGCAGGUUGAGGUGGGAGAGAACUUAA